UAUAACACACACAUAUGUAUACAAUUGCUGCCUGUCUCUUUAAGACGAUGUGUCGAGAAGUUCAAGUCGGGGUCACAUGAAGUUCCUGCCCUCGAUUUUACCUUUUAGUUUUAUUAUAGACUGACAUCACACGGGGCGCUAAAACACUUAGGGCGCAUAGAGGGUCCAUUAUCAUCCCUGUGCGCGUUAUUGCUCCGACUCCAAAAUAGCUAAAGAAAUUACUUGAAAAAAAGGGAGGAAAAUGAUGCUGUACUAAGCACGUAUUUUUUUUAUAGGAGGGGACGAGAAAGAGGGGAGAGGAGGGACAGAGAGACAGAGGGAGAGGGAGGAAAGUGGGUGGGAGGACGGACCUAAGGAGCGAAAAGAAAUUCAUAUCAAUUAAUAAUCAUAAAAAAAAAAGAGCUGGCAGACGAGCUCGGAAAACUGGCAUGGUUUUUUGGAGGCUGGCAGUUCAAAGCUGAAACGUCAGAUAUGACUCCCAGAGACUGCUGAGAUGAUCAUUAAGGGAGACUUAGAUCGGAUGGCAGAAGACAUCGGGCAUGCAGAUAUCUGUUGUUGCAGGUGGUGGACUGAAGACAAUGCUGGAUGCCAUGGAAGUUCCAAGUCAUGCUAGGGAUCUCCUCCUGCAGCUCAACAGCCAACGCACCAAGGGCUUCCUGUGUGAUGUUAUCAUCGUGGUGCAGAACGCCCUCUUCAGAGCUCACAAGAACAUUCUGGCUGCCAGCAGCCUCUACUUGAAGUCUUUGGUGGUCCAUGACAAUCUCAUCAACCUCGACCACGAGAUGGUGAGUCCAGGGGUCUUCAGGGUAAUUCUGGACUACAUCUACACAGGCCGCCUUAGUGAGGGAGACCCCACUUCUCCAAAUGAACCAAAUCUAGGGGCUGUCUUGGCAGCAGCCAGCUACCUUCAACUGCUUGACUUAGUGGCUUUGUGCAAAAAGAAGCUAAGAAGAAAUGGCAAGUACCCUCCCCGCCCAGGUCCAGCAUUUCUACCCUACUCAAAGAUGGGGCCAAAUAGCAUGGGUUUAGGGAGUGGCGGCAGGUAUAGGGUUUCUACUCCUGUCAUUCAAUCCUGUCCUCCAGGCGGAAUUUUGAACAGCCAUGGACCCCGGGCACUACCACCAGAGGAGCUAGUUCCACAUCGACUAGCUGUUCAUACUGGAGAGUUGUAUGCUCCCACCUCCACCCCGGGCUCUCAGGUGUUCCCCUCUCUGCAGUCACCUCUGCCUUCCCAGCUUGGGCGCGCAGCCCUCCCCGACAGGAACUGCUCACCCAGCUUCGGCCUUGAUCUCUCUAAGAAAAGCCCCACCUCUCAGUCUCAGCUCACACCUUCUCAGACCCAUCUGGGGAACACUCAUAAUGACGAGGAGCGAGAUGGGACUCUGAGUGACCGCACAAGUCCUAUCCAGGGGACGAACGGCAGAGCUUUCCCCUCAGAAAAAAUGGAAUCAACUGACCAGGGAGGCUCUCCCACUCCGCCGCCUUUUCCACCUCUCAACCAACCGAUAGCCCCGCACCUCCCCCACCUGCAUCGCUCAGGUUCCCAGGGGACAGAUCGCUACCCAUGCCCUCCAAGUCCGGACACCCCUACGGAAGGCGGAGAGGCAGGCAGAGAAAUGGGCAACAUCUACCGCUGGGUAAAACACGAACCGCUCUCAUACACAGCUGAAGAUGAAGAUGAGGAUGAAGAUGAAGAAGAAGGGGGUGAAAAUGGAGACCAGCAUCAUAACCAUCACAAGACUGGGGAGGAGAGUGAAGGAGCAGAUGACAAGAGCGGGUCAGGCACAGAAGAGACAGGCAGCAGUGAGGGUCGCCCGUCCCCGACUGGACCAAUGGGGAGGUUCCACAUGCCGUACGAGCCGGAGAGCUUCGGGGACAAUCUGUAUGUGUGCAUUCCCUGUGACAAAGGCUUCCCAAGCUCAGAGCAGCUCAAUGCACAUGUGGAGACACACACGGAAGAGGAGCUGUACGGCAACUCAGGUGGGGACAUAGGAAAUGGCAAUAACAGCAGCAGCAAAAACAUGAGCAGUAACACAAACGGUUAUGGAAGCCUCACCAGUGGCAACACUCUGAAUAGUUUGUCACACCUGGAGACCAAGUCGAGCCAGCUGAAUCCAGCGAGCAUUGGGGAGAUGAUUCGACCCUACCGCUGUUCCACCUGUGACAAGUCUUACAAAGAUCCAGCCACUUUGCGCCAACAUGAGAAGACCCACUGGCUGACACGGCCUUACCCCUGCAGUAUUUGUGGCAAGAAAUUUACACAGCGCGGUACCAUGACGCGCCACAUGCGUAGCCACCUGGGCCUCAAACCUUUUGCCUGUGACUCCUGUGGCAUGCGCUUCACCCGGCAGUACCGCCUCACUGAGCACAUGCGCAUUCACUCCGGGGAGAAGCCCUAUGAAUGUCAGGUGUGUGGGGGAAAGUUUGCUCAGCAGCGCAAUCUCAUCAGCCACAUGAAGAUGCACAGCAGUGGAGGGACUGCAGGGAGCCUGACCACAGAUGGGAAACUGAAGCUGGACUUUGCAGAGGGCAUUUAUCCUCUGAGUAAAUACACAGCAGAGCAUCUUGGACUGAAACAAGAGAAGGCUAGUGAGCUUCUCAUCCAAGCGCAGCAGCAACUGGUGGCUGAUGCAAAGGCCAUGGAGAGCCUGUAUCCACUCUCCAAACUGGCCUCUGAACAUCUGGGCCUCACCCACGACAAGAUGGACAUCCUGGGCCAACCACUGCCCCCACAGGCCCUCUCCGAAGCCCGAACCAUCGACCGCUACUCACCAAGUUAAGACAUGUGAUAUCACCUAUAAGUCUGUGUGCACACACAAUUUGCAGUAUCCUUAUUCCAUUCACCUCAACUCAAUAUCUCCUCUGCACCUCAGACUCAGGCCAUAAACAUUUGGUCUGCUAAUGCACACCAAAAUGUGUAGACUGUAAGUGCCUUUCUAUGCAUCUAAUGUAUCCUAAAGACCUCCUUCAUAAAGGAGCUUUGUGCUAUUACGUGACCAAGGGACACUCACUUAAAAAAAAGUACAGUAUUUAUGUACAGUGUAUGCAAAGAAACUUUUUUUUCUAUGAUUACAGCCAUUGAGCCAAAGCAAAAAAUUGAAAACCAAAAUGAAAAUUGUUUUAUUUAUUUUUUAUUAUGGUGGAAUCCAAAGGAAAAAAAAACUGUCCCUGACCCUAAACCUGUGUACUAUUCAACUUUGUAAAAAAAAAAAAAAGAAAGAAAGAAAGAAAGAAAAAGCACAUAAGGACAAAUUUCAGGGUUUGUCCAGAACUGAGCAGAACUUUUAUAAUAUGAAUAAGCCACUCACCUGGACUUUAAAGGAAUGGAAAUACAUUUCGUCUGUUUUUUUUCUAUCAUUUCAUUUUUUUAUUUCCUGUUUUUGGGGUACUGGACAAUUUAUGUAUCUUGCUCUCCAGCUUCUCACCAUCUUGGGAAAUGACUGAAUGAUAAGAGCAUUUUGAUAGUCGCCAGGGCAAUAUAUUCCCCACCCACCAUUUAUUUUAAAGUAACACCACUCACCACUCUACAUAUUUGUGUGGAUAAAAGGCUUGUACUAUAUGACAGCAGUUGAAUCCACCUUAUGCCCAGCUUUCAACCACUUAUGAGCCGAAACUUCCUGUGCAGUUCGACAACCACCCCUUUGCGCUCAGUUGUUAUUGAGAUGCAGCAAGCACAGCCCUGUGAUCUCAUAACUGGGACAUGAUUGCACAUACCCAGCUGAUGACACACUAAUCCCUGUUCACGGCAAGUGUAGCUUCAUCUUAUGGUGUACAUGAAGCGUGGGUGUUGCCGCUGACAUUGUGUAAUUAUUACAAUUAUGGAUACAGUUGAGCAUAGAGGCAGGGGUAAGGACGGGCUUAAUGACACAGAAAUCUGUCAUUUACUGUCAUCAGCAGUUAAACCAUUCAUUGUGGUCUGAUGAUUAAUCGUGGAGCGGCAGUAGUCAGAGGCUUUGUUGGAUGCUUCUCUGUUCCACUGUCCGGCCUCUCAUUUGACCUCCCUCCCCUGUAGUCUGUUGUCUGGGAGCCCCGCUACUGUUGACAGGCCAAAGUGAGUGCUCUACUCAGCCCUUUGCCUUAGAAGCACUCCAAACACCGGAUGCAUAUAUGCUCCCCCUUCACACACAGCAAGCUGCUAAUCUGUCAGUGAUAUGAACAUAAGAAGGGGUUUGUGGGUCUUCCCUGGAAGCCAGCGGGUGAGUAGCACUCCCAGCUGCUGUGCUUCAGUAAUCCCUGUGAAAUCUCACUUUCUCCUGGACAAUUCACACUGCUCGCUGGCGUGAUGUCCCAUUUCAUGCCUGCCAUCGUACCCCUCUGAUCCACUUAUUAACAUUAGAUCCCAGCCUAGCAAAUGUGUCCUGGCCUUGCCUCCCGGCCCUGCUGGUAUUAAAUGCGGAAACAAUGAAUGACUGAUUUCUGUGUUGGCUGAGCAGCCUGAAAACAAAAGAGCACUUAAAGAUUGUGGGUUGAAGGCACAUUUUUGUCUGUAAAUCUUUAUUCCAAAAAAAAAAGAAGUUGCAUUUUUUUUCUUCUUUUUUGGGGUCUUUGUCCACUUUUACUAGUCCUCAAUUCAGAUUAGAAAUGUUUGACCACUAUAGUGCCAAUGCCAACCUCAGAGGGUGAAUGUGAAGAUUAAAGCCAUAAAUACACUGUGAUAGACGUAGUGAAUCAUAAAGGCUAAAAAAAAAAAAAAAAAAAAAAAAAAAAUCAUACAGUGUGCCUUACUUACUUCUUUGGAAUUUCCUUUUUCUUUUUAAAUGUAACGAUAAUUUAAGGGCUUAUUUUCUGUAGCAUAUGAUCAUAUCAAACAUGUUGUUUCUUGUCACUUUUCUUUUUUCUUCAUUUUAAUUUGAACUGAAAGCAGCGCACGUGAAAUUGGUGCUUACCUCAGGACUGAACCCAGCGUGGGGAUGCUAAUCUUUUGUAAACUAGAGAUCAACAGUAUCAACACACAUACAUGCACACACUCACCCACACACACCUUAGUAUUUUUUUUUUUUAUUAACAGGACAGUUGUCCUGUGUUAAACCUGUGGUUAAUUCUUUGUUUAUCCAUUUGUUGUUACAGUUUUGUUGUGGAGAGAUAAGGUGGUAUUAACAUUUUUUUUUUAUAGUAUGUGGUAUACAUUUUUUCUAUUUUGUCUUCUUCAAUGACAUUUAUGUCUGACCAGUUCCAUUGUUGUAACAUAAGGCAAAGCCAUUUUUGCUUGUACCUUAAGUGCUUGUCGAUAUCUGAACCACAGUUUAGUAAGUAUGAAGGCAUUGAGAUCAAUAUAUUACAGUAAAGUUGAGCUGACAAGCUUUGUGUUGUGAAAUAUCUCCCUCUCUCUCUAUCUCUCUCCCUCUCUUGCUCUCUCUGUGAAAGACAUGAUGCAUCAUCUGUACUUCCUUAAACAGACACGCAGUGGCUUUGCUGGUUGACUAUGAAAGCUAGCCUCGUAUUGUUUGGCCCCUUUUCCUCAGAGGUUAGUGAACUUUUGACAAGAGUCAGACGGAGGUCGCUCAUGCACACAAGCACACAGGAAGCCAGCUUGUUUUGUUUGGUGCUCUGAAAAAAGAAAAGAACAUAGCAGAAAAAAUAAAAAUAAAACCAGUAGAGGCUUCAUCUACAAACAUGUGUGUAUGUGUUAAAAACCUAAAAAACAGACAGAGGCAGUCGUGAGAAUUUCCACGCUCCCCUUCACUAGUUAGAAUAACAUACCGCUUCCACUGUCACACCAAAUCUGUGUAAGAGGGAAGACCAAGAUAAUACCCGAGCAUUUCUGUAGGAAGCGCACUGUUUGAAAUUUGCUUAAUUGCAUUUAUGUGCGAAUGUUAGUGGAGGGGAGCGUUUCACGUCUUUAGAAAGGGGAAGCAGUUGCUUGUCUGUUUGUGUGUCCCUGUGCUAUUUAAGCCCAUGAAGGCCUGGUAAUGCAUGUCCUGGGAAUAGAGUUGGUGUGAAGGAGAAGAGCUGAGGAGCAGGAAGUGAACUUUUGGCUGGUGUGUUGUGCUGAGCAGGAUGUGCCGUGUGUUUCUACUCAGAAGCAGAUAGAAAGACGGAGAACGGGGAGGGAGAGGAGCAGGGAGAGCACAGCAGGGUGGAUGCGAGCCAUUGUCCUAAUAUGAAAGCCUGUCCACACUUCUGAAACUCUCCAUUCAGAAAACAAGUAGACUGUAUCUUCUCUUUUCCUUCCCCUUGUUGCUUUUUGGGAAUAAAUCUCUGCUCAGUAUCACGGUGAUGUUAUGUUGAAGGCUUUCUAGGGCUGCAUGGUGAGACAUUUAGAUGCUUUUUUUUUUUUUUUUUUUUUUAAAUUUGAGGCAAGACUAAAUAAUAGGAAGACCCCAGUGAGUGUAUUGUAGAGCCGAAUUGAAAAACUUGGCAGUGUUUCCUUUGCUCUGUGGUUGUUUCACUUAGUCUAAUUAGAAGAGCCUUGUUUCAAUUUACUGAUGUAGCCACCCACCCCAUGGGGUUUUAUGCCCUUUGCCUUUGUUAAUGUUAUUUAUAUGACAAGUAAGCCCAGCAAAACUCUUAUUGCCACCACAGUGGUUUUUGAUGAAGAUGUUUUGAGCGUAACAUAAUUAGGCAUCUAAAGAGUUUAUUAGUUAAAUGAAUUUUCAGAAUCAAAUGAGUGAAUGCAAAUAUAAAUGAAUGCACUAACAAAAGCCGCAAAAAAUUAGGUGUGGGUUGUUUUUUUUAAUUUUACUUGCCAUGUCAUUUCCCUUUUUUAAUUUCUUUUUUUUUUUUGGCAACCAUCCCAGUCCUGUAACUUUUUGUAACACUAACAUUAGAGAAGUAGAAAGGGCUCUGGAUGAUCUGCAGUAGCAUCUUGUGGACCAAAAAAGGAUUUGGCUUUAACGUUAAAAAAUGCAAAGUAUGCCUUUAAGCUUUCUUCCAGUCGCAGGAGGCCAAGGUCACCUCUGUGACUCUGACAGGCGGCACAGUCUGAAAUCAUACCACUGUUUGACAUUUAUUAUAUUUUGCAAGGUGUGCCAAAAAAGACUGAAGCUUUCAAUAGACAUCACAGAUGCACAAAACUAAACUCAGCAACAAACGUUGAGGUUCGCAUCGGUGAGCUUAGCUUGUAACCAUCUUUACCUUGUUAGGAAACUCAUUAUCAGUGUGGGUAAUCAUGAGAACGCGAGCACAAGCUACUAUGAUCCUGUGUAUAGUACAUAUUUUUCUAUUUAUGAGCACUUAUGUUUAAAUAUAAGCUAGAGUCAGAUAUUGAUAUUCAAGCCUAAGUUUGUCCUUUAAAUGAGAAAACUGACUCUGAAGUCAGCCAGUUCAAACGUGCCUUCGGUAUAAAAAGUAUGAAGUUAUCCUGCAAUAAAUUGUACGACCGUGAGCAUGGGGAGGUUUCUGAUGUGGCUACUUAAUGCACCUGCCCAUCUACAUGUCUGAAUGCCUUUCCCACAGUGUAGCAGGGUGAAGUACAAGGGAGAUAUCUGACACUUUCGAGGCUCUUUAUUACAAGCAGCUGCUUUAGAUUUAUUUCUCUGAACUGCACUUUUCUGGAAAAAUCAUUGUAUUGUGAUUUUUUAUUACUCUUAUGAUCCCCUAGAAGUCCCACAAUUGCCUUUCCUCUGGCACUUUGCUUCCUUUUCUUCCUCCCUCCAGUGCAGAGCUCGGCCACACUCGUUCACCGCCCUCGUACCCUCAAAGCACAGCUUCCCUCUUCACCUCUCUCUGUGCCUUCUCUCUUCUUACACUUAACACAAACCGCUGACCCACAGCACCCGCUGCCUCCCCUCCUCUCCCAUGAUCCACUUACUUCCAGCUGUUUUUCAUGCUGAAGAAGACAGUUGUCUAAAUGUUUAUGUGAAGAGCUACUUUCUUUUUCUUUAAGCCCUGAUCAAUUUCCAAAAUGAACUUUGUGGCAUGUGUUAAAAUACAACAGAUGACGGGCCCAAAAAAAAAGCAAAAAACCCCAUAUCUGACAUCGUUAUUGUAUUGUGAUCUUCAAGCCAAGAAAUGGCUUACAAAGGAGAGAUUAAAGACAUCUUAUUGUUGUAGAGGAAAUGCAGAAUAAUGUGAGAGGAAAUGUUCAGGGAAAAUAUGCUCAGAAAGAUGCCAGUAAAGUAAACAUGUAUGAAAUUGCACAAUUGAGUCGGGCCUCAGCUGCACCAGCCAAGUCAUGCGCUGAGAUGGAGAGAACAAACAGAGAGAGGGUUGAGGGGAAAAGAAGCAGAAACAGAGAGAAAAAUAGCUUGUGCUUGAUAGUCUUAACCUUCAGUAAAUAACAAAGGAAAGCUGGCUGCGUUGUGUGUGUCUGCUCACCACUCUUUUUCCACCCGCUUCCAAUUUAAUCUUAUGAGGACAUGUUUUUUUUCCUUUUUUUUGAUUACUGCAGGUCAUUUUCAGGUUUUUAAUUUUAACGUUCAUGUCGGUGUGCCAUCUGAAAUGACACCCUCUUUCCAGGCCUAGCAAUUAUCACCAAAUCAGCACAUGACCUACAGUAGGCUCUUUGUAGCGAAAUAGUGAAGGGGCUUCUGUCUGUCCGUAUCCUCCUGCAUCUGUUUUGCUUGGAUCUCUUUUUCUCUCUACCUUGAACACAUACAAAGUCCACUGAGUGGACCUUGGCUUUAAUUGUUUAGUUUACAGUGCACAACUUCUGCUCCAGAAGUUUAAAUCUGAAGACAAACAGAGAGCUAGGACAAAACAAGCAGGAAUUUGGUGCAGUGAAAGUCAGCCGGGAAGAAUAUUCGAUUGUAUAUCUCUCUAACACACUCCUGCUCGCGCACACAUAAACACACAGCUGGAUGGCAGACUGCUGCUCCAGAUUAGGUCAGAUUUAAUUAGCUUGCUCUGCUCCGUUUGGAGUGUCGCUUCUUGUAGAAAAACCCAUUUUUAAAGAAAGGCGAUUCCACUGACGGCUUUCACCCGUCACACGCUGAAACAUGUGCCAAAAUGUUACAGAGCCUCAGGGUCCUCACACACACUUACGUACACAAAGACACACGCACAAGCAUCUAUUUUGGUUUUGGAAAAACGGUCAGGAGAAGUGUAGAAAUGAUGGAUUAUGAUCUAAUGAAGACCACUUUGACAUUUUGAGGUGGUUGUGCCCGACUGUGGUUCAGGGACAAAUAUGUUAUGCAGGAACACAGGCCGCCACGUAGACAGUAGUAGUUGUGAAUAGAUGGAAAAAUGCAUGGCAGAAUACAUGCAUCACAAAUUUACAAUGGAAAUUAGAUUUUUUUUUUUUUUAGUAGACGACAGGAUCAUAUUUCAGCAGGCAUGAACCAGGCGUGCCAGAAACAUCAGCAGCGUUCUGUGUUUUUGUUACGCGGUUUUACCUUUUAUACCAAAAAGACAAUUAAAAGCAAUACACUUAAACCAAAACAGUAUUUUCUUUUUGUGCAUUCUGCAUAUUUCUGUGUCAAUAUUGAUCUUACUUUGCUUUAGUGAAAUGAAUGUAUUUAUUGCAUGUCAAAAUGUUUUAUAGGUAAUUUUUUUUUGUGUAAAUUCCUAUUGUGGGUUUUUAUCAUUUUAUUUGAUUAUGGUGUCUCGAUAAAAUGUUGAUAAGGCUUUUAUUUUUUUUAAAAGCCAAUGUGAAAAAUGUCUUUUCUUGUUUGUUUGUUACUAUACUCGAAAUCAACUUGGCAAUAAAAUGAAUUGCAUAACGGA